AUGGACGCCAAGAUUGGCAGGCGUUCUUCGACGCCGUGGGCUCCUUCUUCUCCGGCGCCGCUGGAUUAUUCCGGAUGCGAGAGGGAGGUCGCCGAGGCCGCGACCGAGGAGCACAAGAAGGAGGGCAUCAUGAGGCUAUCCUGGGCGCUCGUGCACUCGAGGAACCAGCACGACGUGCUCCGCGGGAUCGCUGACACCACCAGUACAAUGCAUGGUGCUACCACCAGUCCAUGGCAGGCGAGGGAGAAGCUCUACCUGCUGGCCGUUGGGCACUACAGGAACGGCGACUACAUCAGGAGCCGGCAGUUCCCGGACCACUGCCUCGAGCUUGUGGCUUCAUCCAUAACAUCUCUUGAUUUGGCAUCUAUAUCUGUACUAGAUGCCAAGGUUCCAGCUGAUCUUGCCUCCGGCUAA